GAACGCGCACACGAGGUAAACACGCACUUCUUUACAUUCGUUUUGUAAGCGGCCAAUGAAGCACACGCCGAGGCUUAGCAGUUCCAUUUAGAAAAAAAAAGUUCAAUUUUACCAAAUAUUUUAUAAACUACGCUUGUUUCUUAAAUCUCAGCUUUAAAAUGACCGAGGAGGUGAACCCGAAGGCCUACCCGCUGGCGGACCAAGCCCUCACGUCCAAGAUUAUGACGCUGAUCCAGCAGGCGGUCAACUACAAGCAGCUGCGUCGCGGCGCCAACGAGGCCACCAAGACGCUGAACCGUGGCCUCUCGGAGUUUAUCGUGAUGGCCGCGGACGCCGAACCGCUCGAGAUCAUCCUCCAUUUGCCGCUGCUGUGCGAGGACAAGAACGUGCCGUACGUGUUCGUGCGCUCCAAGCAGGCCUUGGGCCGUGCGUGCGGCGUGUCGCGUCCGAUCGUCGCCUGCUCCGUCACCAUCAACGAGGGCUCCCAGCUCAAGUCGCAGAUCGUGACGAUUCAGCAGGAGAUUGAGCGUCUGCUGGUUUAAAUUGUACAAAGUUUUUUUCUCUGAACAAAUGCAUUUCAUUUUGACACUAUUGUAACUGAAGAGUGGAUUUUUGAAAUAAAAAUCUAAAUAAGUAA